AAAAGAAAGGAGGGCAUCACUCUGGCGUCGCCUGGUGUAAAGUGUUGGGUGUAUAUAUAGAUAUAUAUAUAUAUAUAUAGGUAUAUAUAUAUAUUUAUAUAUACAUAGAUAUAUACAUUUAUGUAUUAUAUGUGGUGUAUAUAAGUGGAACAGUCUUUCGCAUAUUUCCACUGGGUAGACAUAUCUUGCCAUGAUGUGAUGGCCAUGAAUUUGAGAAAUCUGUUCCAGGAUUUUAACCCUAGCCAAUUCCUGGUAUUUUCAAGUUUGCUGGUUUUUUCUCUGCUGUUUUCAUUACGAUUGGAUGAAACGAUCCAAUGGAGUUAUUGGCUUGUUUUCUUUCCAAUAUGGCUGUGGAAAGUAAUGGUGGUAGCUGGUGCUUCGGUCGGCAGUUACAUUUGGUGGAGAAAUCCUCAGUACAGAGUUGAAGGUGAUGGCUAUGUCCAGUAUAAAGCUAUGGUCAUCUGCACAGGGAUGCAUUUACUUCUGCUAAUGUUUGAGAUUCUUGCUUGUGACAACUUGGAAAACAAAACACACUCGUGGAUCCUAGUUUUUAUUCCUCUCAUAUUCAUGUCAGUUGUCUCUAUCGGCAUUUGUAUAUGGGCUGUGAAGAAUGAAAGGUCAUUUGAGAUGGAACUGUUUUGUGCUGUAAACAUUCUCCAGUUCAUCUUCCUUGCUUUACGACUGGACAACUUCAUUUUGUGGAAUUGGGUGAUUGUAUUUAUUCCUAUAUGGAUUGUGAUGUGUAUAGCAAUGAUUGGGAUGUUGUAUAGAAUAAUUCUAACCAUAAUCUUGAUGAAGUCACCAGAUUUAAUUCCAGAACAGAGACGAGGAAAUCUUUCUUCUGCCAUAGCAUAUUCAUUCCUUGUCAUACCAUUAUUAACUUUCGAAAUCUUACUUGCCAAUCGACUUGACAGCGAUAACAACUUUAAAUAUUCAGCUAUCACCGUGCCUUUGUUGAUCUCCCUAAUGACACUGAUAUGUAUGGCGUUUGGUUGUAAGGGAGGUAACCACUGGUGGUUUGGCAUUCGGAAAGACUUUUGCCAGUUUCUCUUGGGUGUGUUCCCCCUUCUACAGGAAUACGGAAAUAUUAGUUACUCGUUACAGAGUGACGAAGCUGAUUCCGACGAGAGCUCGUCUGGCAUCAGUAAACUGGACAGUCUCGGAAGUAAACCAAAUAUCAUAGAAGAACAACCACGGAUUGUUGUACCUAUCAUAUCCAUAGAAACUCCUGAUUGAUCGGAGACAGCCAAGAAAGAGAGGGGUGAAGUGGGGGACAAAGAAAAAAGAAAAACCAUAUCAACUUGUCAAAAUAUGAAAAAUCUGGAACU